AUGAUUUCUUCCAUCCAGGGCUGCUGCUUGUCGCGAGACCCUUCUGGCUUCCCGCAUGCUGCUCAUGCCGACCAAGGCCAGCACGCCGAAUCCUUUCAAGGCACCAAUCCCGCUACUGAAGGAGCUGGUCCAAACACCCCAGGCUUAAGCCGGUCUCUAUCUCGCUCUCGCUCCAAUGCCUCUACCUCUCGUCCGCCACAUUCGACUCGCCGUCGCCACCAUGCUGUUGCUCUGAGCGAACACUAUAACCAACCGAUCCGCCUUCAUGUCUGGCGCAGCAAGCGUCGCGCAUGGUCGAAAGCUCAGAUAGAUCGCGAACGUCAAGAAUUUUUUGACACCCGAGUGACCGGGAGACCCGAAGUAUGGGCGGCAUUGAAACUAGCAAUCUCGCUCAUGAGAAGUGGUGAUUUACCUACAGCACAGAGCAUUAUUGAUGCUGCUGGGGUGACUGUCCCGACAGGUGACCUUUGUGAUGGCUGUUAUGACGAAAAUGGAGCAUUGUAUCGACUUCCUCAAGUUAUCGUUUCAGAUCCUUCAAACAUUGUCGACGCGAGAGGCGGAGAGGAAGACAUGCGAAGCGGUGAAGCUGACGACGAGGUUACAAAUACCAAGCUGGCAAUGGAUAUCGACUCGGACGACGAGCUAGAGGAAGAUAUUGAAGACAAACGCGAAGAAAAGGGGAAGAGAAAUGAGAGAGAUAUGAUCAAAGUCUGUGCAAGACUUAGCGAUCGAGGUGGUCCUGACUUGACUAUUGAGAUUGGCAAAGAUCAAUCGGUCGGCGUCCUGGUGCGAAAGAUACAGAGCGGGGCAGCGCUCACGGGCCAGCACAGACUUCGAAUCGCAUACUUAGGCAAGAUAUUGAAAGAGAACGAAACACUGCUUUCCCAGGGAUGGAAAGAAGGCCAUCUCGUGAAUGCACUCGUCCUACAGCGCUCUUCUUAA